AUGAGAUUAGUACCAACAGCAGAAUAUAAUGCACCAGAUAUUGAGUCACACAAAUUUGAACCUAGUGACGGACCACAUACUACAUAUGGUAAAACUACUCAAAUUUCAGAUAUAGUGAUAAAAGCAGGUGGUGAAGAUAGAGAUAAACCAACAGAUCAUAAUGAUACACCCUUGGGUAAUUUAAGAGCUGAAUUAACUACAUUACAAGAUCAAAUUAAUAUAUUUUUAACAGAUAGAAUGAAUUUAGAAAAAGAUAAUAAAAAUCAAGAAGCUGACAUCGAAAGAAGGUUAUUAGAUGAAGGUGUUGAUGAAGACGAAAGUGAGUAA